AUGAGUGCUUCUGAAGACUCUCAAAAUUUGGCUGUGGAACAUCAACUUUCACCCGGGCAUCCAGCUCCAGUCGAGAAACGCGCCGACCUGACCGAUGGCGAUGGCGAUGGCGAUGGCGACCACAUCCUCGAAAGCCUUGGCUACGUGCCCGAGCUGCAGCGUAAUCGAUCGACUCUUCAGGUUGCCUUCAUGGCCUUCGUGCUGGCUUCGAUCCCUUACGGACUAUCGACGACCCUUAGCAAUCCCAUCACGACUGGAGGUCCAGCCAAUAUAAUCUGGGGCUGGCUAGCUGUCUCGGCUCUUAUUGUCUGUGUGGCCUUAUCGCUCGGAGAGAUCACCAGCGUGUAUCCUGUCGCCGGAGGUGUCUAUUAUCAGACCUUCAUGCUAGCACCGAUGCGUUGGCGCCGUGAGGCUGCUUGGAUCUGCGGUUGGCUCUAUGUUAUUGGCAACAUUAGUAUCACGCUCUCUGUCAUUUUCGGUACUACCGUGUUUCUGGUCUCGUGUAUCAACGUUUUCGAAUCAUCGCCUGGGGUUGGUGUUCUUGCUGGAGAACCCUAUCAAGUCUUUCUUAUCUUCGUCGGCCUCACUUUACUUAGCAACGCCGUGUCAGCGCUUGGAAACAAAUGGCUUCCUUGGUUGGAUACUGCUGCCAUCUUUUGGACUUUUGCAGGUGUUAUUGCUAUUAUUAUAACCGUUCUCGUCAUGGCUAAAGAUGGAAGACGCGAUGCUAGCUGGGUGUUUACCCAUUUCGAAAAUAACUCUGGCUGGACUGAUGGCUGGGCUUUUUGUGUGGGACUUCUCCACGCAGCAUAUGCGACCUCGUCAACAGGCAUGAUUCUCUCCAUGUGCGAAGAAGUCCGAAAGCCUGAUGUGCAGGUUCCCAAAGCCAUGGUUCUGACUGUUUGUAUCAACACGGUCGCCGGCAUGCUAUUCCUUAUUCCCAUUACCUUCAUUCUUCCUGAUCUCAAAUACCUCGCCGACCUCGCCUCUGCGCAACCCAUACCCCCGACCAUUAAGGCUGCUGUCGGCUCAUCGGGUGGAGCGUUCGCAUUGUUGAUUCCUAUCAUCGUCCUCGGCAUCAUCUGUGGUAUCGGCUGUAUCACCGCUUCUUCUCGCUGUAUUUGGGCCUUUGCUCGCGAUGGAGCCAUGCCAGGCUCUAAGUGGUGGGUUAUUGUUAACAAGCGACUUGAUGUUCCUCUCAAUGCUAUGAUGCUAAGUAUGGUGAUUCAACUUCUCCUGGGUCUCAUCUAUUUUGGCUCUUCGGCAGCUUUUAACGCCUUUGCAAACGUUGGCGUCCUAACUCUCAACGCGGCCUACGCAACGCCAGUCGUUAUCAACCUCUUGACGAAGAGACGGCAAGUCAAAAAUGCCAAGUUUCCCCUCGGUAAGCUUGGGUAUCUUGCCAAUUUCGUGGCUGUCGCAUGGUCCAUUCUCGCAAUCCCUCUUUUCUGCAUGCCUUUGCGUCUACCUGUAACAGUUGUUAGCGUUAACUAUGCCUCUGUCGUGUUUGCCGCGUCUUGUCUAGUCUCGGGUGUUUGGUACUGGGUUUGGGGACACAAGAACUACACUGGACCACCUACCAAUGCUUAG